AUGUUAGAAACAACUACCCGCACACAGAUGGCAACAAAGUCCCCAUCUCAACAAUCAACAGCAACAACUCGCGAAACCAGUACCAGGAGAAAGUCGCUGGUUGUGAUCACACCUUCUCAGAUCCUUUACGGCUCAUAUAACGACAAUGAUUACCAAGGAACUUCAAAUGGAACGGGAACCACAACACCGCUAUAUGAGAAGAAUGAUGAUUCAUCAGGCGGUCUUGAGACCAAAAACAGCAACUCCGGUGAACUCCCUCCAUUUUCAUUUCUGAAGAGACCCAUAGAAGAAAUAAAUGGAUGUAAUGGAGAGCUUAAGCUGAUGAUAACUUCAGUAAUCGGUGGCAACAAGUCUAGAUCACAAAGUAGAUCAACCACACCAAGACAGUCACAAAUUGGCAUUCUGUGUCACCAAGAACAGGAUAGCAUCAUACCUGACGAUUACGAUGAGAGAAUACGGUUCCCUCAAAUGAGCAGUCACUACAUCUAUGAGAACAAACCAGCAACAAACCGUAGCGAAUCUUUUGAAACUGUUGCUGAGAAUAAAGAGACGUUGACUGUGGAUGCACUAGUUAAAAAUGAGUACAAACCGGCAAAUUUCGACUUGAGUCAACCAACUAGACGCUAUUCAACUCCAAACAGGACCAAUUCCCUAAUUGAUGAAAUCAAGUUGCUUGAAGACUUUACUCAUAAUAAUUGCAUUUACGAAAAUAAGUAUGAUCAAGAUGCCAACACACUAAGUUGCACCCAUGUGCCACAAGUGCAUGGUAAGAAUAACACUAGACUCAAGAACCGGCUGAGUUUUCCCAAGCUACAUGACAAAGUUUCCAAUCAAAAGUUGAAUCAAGUAUACCAAUGGAAAAAGCCAUUGAUGAUGCCGGCGGUAUUACGAGCAGAGCCUCAGCAACAACCACAACAACUACCACACCAAUCCCCUACAUUAGAAGAUUCUGAAUCGGCUUUUUUGACGAAGUCAACGGCACCAGUGUCGUCUUCUCCUACCAUGCUUACCGGACAAACAUCCUUACCUAAGCAACAAUCUAUCCAGCCACCACCAAAAAACCCAAACUUGAAUACAUCAGUAUACACCAUCUUCACCACCAACCUACAAGACCUCACCAUUGUUAAGGAACCAACUCAUCAACACUGGCAACCAAACAACGCGGUAAAUGCAUGCAUGGCCUGUCUUCGACCAUUUCAUAGUCCCCUUGUUACAAUGAUCUAUGAUGUACCGAAGCGGCAUCAUUGCCGUUUUUGUGGAUUAAUCUUUUGCAAACUGUGUUUAGAUUUUGGAAAUGGUGUUGGCGAGAGUACAGUAGGUUCCCCAUCUUCCACACCAACUUCGAGUACGUCAAAAUCUAUCUCGUCAUCAAUUUCCACUUCAAUGAUUGCUAUUGCUACAAAUCCACAAGCUAAUACCAGCCCCAUAUUAACUCCCUUAAUUGACAAAAAUGCCAACUUUGUUAUCCCAGUAAACACAAACAGAAAGUCCAGUAAUAUUACAUCUUUAGCUCCCAACACAAAGACAUGUCAUAAAUGUACCACCCUUUACAAGACAUUAUUCACUGAAAUUAAUAAACCAGCAAAUAUUGCGAAUUUACUCAAUAUGAAUGAUGCAGAAUUGAAUAACACAGAGUCACCUGUUGUAGUGAUUGAAAAUCCUUAUAGACAGGAUGCCAAAAUUAUUGAUUAUGGCACAACAACAUCGCUCAAUUUUAAACGGUUAAGCAUAUGUAGUCCUAAAAGGAGAGGAAUUAGAGACAGUUGUGUUGGUGUUGGACAGAAUGAGUGCCACGAAAGUGAACGGAGAAUGAGUGUGAUUGGUGAGGUGCCGACUGAUUGGACGUGGAGUUCGUUUUAG